AUGUCCUUAACAAUUGUUCACAAUGAUAUUGAAGACAUGGAUGAGUGUUUAUAUAUAUUCACUCUCGAGUCUACAGAAUCUGCAUGGAACUUUAAAUUUUCACAAUCUUAUGUUGCAUUUCUAAAUUUACCUCAGGCAGAAACAAAUGUCAAACUUGAUCAAAUUAUUUUAAAUGAAAAAUUAAAUGAAGACGUAAAAGCAGAUAAAGAAAAACUUUCAAACCCAAAACAUGGAAAGACAAAAAAAUGUUUGCAAGAAGAAAGUUUGAGAAACAUCCAAAAGGGAAAAAAACUUAAUGCAAUCUUAAACAAAAAAAAUAUCUAA